AUGCUUAUUCUUGCAUCGAUCAUUCAUUUGGCAAAGAGCGGAUUCACCUCGAAUCCAGUUAAUGAAGAUGAUUUGGAUAGAAUGGGAGCAACUAUCAAAGUUUUGGCUCAAGGAAUUCCAGAAUUAGAUGGACAGUAUGGAGAUGCUUGCAAACAAUCAUUGGAACUUAUGCUAAAUGCUAAAUCAACUAGUCGUUUGGAUGAUCCAACAGCAAAAACUGGAAGAUCGAAAGAUUUCGUUGAAGUUGAUAAAACAAUCAAAUUCACACAAUUGUCAGCCAGAAAUAAUCAACAAGGCGAAAAUCUUUUCGAUCUUUCUUUGUCGCAAGCUCUUGGAACUGCUCCGAAAUCCCAAAAAUUCGAUUUUUCAAGCUCAAAACUUGGAAAAGUUAUUCAACUCGCUGGAUUCUCUGAUCCAAUUUACGCUGAAGCUUAUGUCAAUGUCAAUCAAUAUGAUAUCGGUAAGCUCUUUUAUUUGAUGAUUUUUAAUUUUUCGUGUUUUUUUAGUUCUCGAUGUUUUGAUUGUCAAUCAAACAUCCGAUACUCUUCAAAAUGUUUCUCUUGAACUUGCCACUGUUGGAGAUUUGAAACUUGUUGAUAAACCAACCCCAGUUACACUUGGACCAGCUGAUUUCUCAAACAUCAAGGUAAAUACUUCUUAAUUUUUUCAUUUGUAGAAAUGAUCAGAAAUUUUCCAUCAGUUCACGUUUCCAAAAUUUAUUCUGAGUUUUCCAAUAAAAAAUUUUCAAUUUUUUCAGGCAACCGUAAAAGUUGCAUCAACUGAAAAUGGUGUGAUUUUCUCAACAAUUUCCUAUGAUGUUCGAGGAUCAACUUCCGAUAGAAAUUGUGUUUAUCUUCAAGAUAUCAAAAUUGAUAUUAUGGAUUAUAUUGUACCUGGAAAUGUAAAUGAUAUUGAAUUCCGUCAAAUGUGGAGUGAUUUUGAAUGGGAGAAUAAAGUAAAUGUUAUGACACCAAUUCGAGAUCUUCGUGAAUUUUUGGCGCAUUUAUCGGCUUCAACAAAUAUGAAGGUUUUAACUGGAGAUGCUGCUAUUGGUAAGUUUGCUUUGAUUAUUGACCAAAAAAAUUCUGAAUUUUUGCAGAAGGAGAUUGUGGAUUUUUGGCUGCUAAUUUAUGUGCUCAUUCUAUUUUUGGUGAAGAUGCUUUGGCUAAUGUUUCUGUUGAAAAAGCACUUCCAAUGGAUGAUUCUUCUCCAAUUGUUGGACAUAUUCGUAUUCGUGCAAAGAGUCAAGGAAUGUGUUUAACAUUAGGUGAUAAGGUAAGAAGAAGACAAAUUAUUGAUUGAACUAAAGUGUUGUUGUUUCAGAUUAGUACGGCAAUGAGAUCUCGACGUGAUGGUCAACCAAUAGCAGCCCCAAGUGCCUAA